AUGGACUGGCUUGAACUCAACUUCCUUCAGACGAACCUGAACCACUGCGCCAGAGCACAGGAUUUGUUCAUGCAGGCCACAGCGCAGUGGUCAGUGGACGUUGCGGUAGCCGCGGACCCGUACUACGUUCCCAGGCAUUCCAACUGGGCUGGGGACAUGGACGGCGUCGUGGCUAUCGUCACGCCGUCGUCGGCUCCCCCUCUCAUCGUAAAAGAGAGGGGAGCCGGUUACGUGGAGGCAGUGUGCGGAGGAGGGGUGGCGGUAGUGGGCGUUUAUUUUUCGCCCAACCGCCCAAUGGCCGAGUUUGAGCCGUUCUUGUUGAGGCUCAGCUCGGUCGUGACGAGGUUCGCCCCGGCGAAUAUUUUGCAUUUAAUAAUGAGCGACCUCAAUGCCAAAUCGCCGGCUUGGGGCAGCCGCUUGCCCAACGCCAAGGGGCGAGCGGUGCAAGCGUGGGUGACGGCCAAUGGCCUGGUCGUCGCCAACCGCGGCACCGCCAACACCUGCCGGCGGCAGGCCUCCCAACAAGAGGGAGGUCUACUGGUGGACGCACGAGCUCGCGCUUCUGCGAUCCGCCAGCAACACCGCGCGGAGGGCGCACAAGCGGUGUCGCAGAAGGCGUCACACGCCCCAGGAGGAGGAGAAACACCACGCCGCCUAUAG